AUGUUACUGGCGAUGUGGAGCGCGAUUGGCGUGUUUCUUGUGGCGUGUGUAGCCGGAUUUGUGCAGCUUCGGUCUGACGAUGCGCCAACCGCCCGAAACAAACUGAGCGCGUUUAUGAGCACGACGCUACAUCUGUACUGGCCGCUUAUCCUGCUGCCGGUUUGCACCGUGUGGCUUUGGUUUCUGGCCGCCGAGAACACCCUCCAGUUGUACCGGGGUUUGAGGGUGUGCGUGGCGGGGCGCAAACCUCAGGACGGCAACUUAACUUUUCCUAGCAAUGAAAGCCACUCUGCAGUAAGGGGCCACAGCACGACUUUUGCCCCGCUCUCUCGUGAGAUGUUUUUUUUUAAUUAUUAUUUCCAGUGUCCGUAA